GAAAUAUUUAUAUUAUUUGUCGAAAUAUGAAGAUAUUUACGUUCAUUUCAAGGACAGUCGCAGUAUUUUAGCCUUAAAGUUCUUUGUAAUUUAUUGAAAUGACAAGCAAUGUGAACUCGUAAUUUCCCAGCUAAAUAAUUUCUUAAUAGGAAGCCUACAAGGCUAUGUACAGACAAGCAGUCUGCUUAUUGCUGAUCGUCUGUACUUUUCCUGCUUGCGAUGCAGGAGAAAAUAUCACCGGAGAAGCCGAUGCAAGAACUCCGAAACUCUCCGGCGUUUUUUACAAAUCUGCUAUAAAAGUACCAUGGGGAAUUCAACGGAAAUACUGUUUUUUCUACAACGACUGAAUGAGACAGAGUCAAGCAAACACACAUAUUUUAUCCUCAUUCUUCUUGUUUACCUUUUUACGCUUUUAGCGAACCUGACUUUGAUUGGGACAGUUGUUUUGGAGAAAACGCUCCAUGAGCCCAUGCUUAUAUUCGUGUGUAACUUGUGUGUAAAUGGUAUACUUGGUGCUUCCAUAUUUUAUCCUAAAAUAUUGGUGGACCUUUCAUCUGACUUGAGUGUUACUUCGUAUAAAGCUUGUCUGGGUCAAAUUUUUGUAUUAUACAGCUACGCCCUCUGCGAAUAUACUACGUUAGCAAUAAUGGCUUAUGACAGGUAUAUCGCGAUAUGCAAGCCGCUCAAUUACCACUCCAUCAUCACGCCUCGGAAAAUUACACAAUUAUUGCUUUUUGCCUGGCUUUCAUCCAUCUGUGAAUCAGUUGGUGUGACGGCCCUGGUAGCCAGACUGCCCCUCUGUGGAUUCAACAUCGACAAGAUUUACUGCACAGCCUGGUCCGUGGUAAAGCUGUCAUGCGUGGACACCACUAUUAACAACAUAUACGGGUACAUCUUCAUGAUUCUCCACGGUUCACAAGCAGUGCUGGUCGCGAUUUCCUAUAUUCAUAUCGUCAGAGCAUGUGUUCGAUCGUCAAAAGAACGGAGUAAGUUCAUGCAGACCUGUUUGCCUCAUUUAAUCGCACUGGCUAACUUCUUCAUCGCACUCACUUUUGACCUCAUGUACACUCGCUAUGGUCCCACCGACCGUCUGCACGCUCUCCGCAAUUUCAUGUCCCUGGACUACCUCAUUUUUCCACCGCUCCUAAAUCCCCUCAUUUAUGGCCUGAGACUGAACCAGAUCCGCCGGAGAAUCUUCAGGAUUUUCGACCGGAAAACACAUGCUCUCAAAUGAACAUUUGUACUUUGUUCAGCCAGGAAAAGCAACAUCCCCCUACAAAUGUUUUCAUAAAAAUGACAACAGGACAAAAAAUAUUAUGAACAGAGUAACAAAAGGAUUCUAAGAUGCAGCACAGUUUAGUUUUAGAUAUUCCCGGAAGUAAUAUAAGCCUAUCUUGGAAUAGUGGCCUUGCUUGGUUUACAUUAUUUUUUUAGUUUCACGCAAAACUUUGUUGGCCAUGGGUUGUGUUGCGUUGCGUAAGAAAACAUUGCCCUUAUGGUACAUUCAGAGAUGGAAAACCCAGACAGAUGCAAACUGUGUUGAGACUGCUAUUUAUAUUCAAAAGAGUAAAAAAUGUAAGUUGCAUUUUAAAGUAAUAAUCUCGAAGAUUUUCAUUAAAAUAAAUGUCUGUUAAGUCACUAUUAGGUAACACAAUGGUGAUUGAGCCUAUUAUUAUAUUAAUUUAUAUUAUUAUUAUUAUUAUUUAUGAUUACAGAACUGGGUGUCUGUGGCGACAUUCCCGGGAAAAGAUCACAAGCGGCGUAUAGAUAGUGACGCGUUUUCCAUCACCCAUCAGUGGUUGGUCGCCAGAGAGGGUGGGCAGAGCUAACGCAACAGGCUUGCUCUUCAACUCACUUGUGUGUGAGCGGCGUACUGUUUUUUCCGGUGUCUGAAAGCGUUAAAGCUGGGGGGAUUAUGGAACCCUAAUACAUUUUUGUGUAACAUCAGAGGUCAUAUUAUUUGUUGAUGUAGAUUUCGUAUUACAUUUGAUGACAAUGUAACGUUACUAAAUUACAUAGCUAUUUGCUCAGCUAACGCUAGCUACCGGACCAUGUCAAUAGGCAACAUUAGUUUAGACAACGUUGCGCACAGUAUCCAUCUCUCAUAUCAGGUAACGUUGCGUUAGCUAGCUAGCUAAUGUAAUUAACACAAUCUAAUGUCAGCUAACAAUCAGAAAAAACGCUAGCUAACGCUACCGACCGGUACCGACCUCGCAAACCGUCUCUCGAAUGCAAUGCUACCUUGUUGCAGCGUUGCAAUGUAGCUAACUAAAGGCCAGUUCAGAUCAAUGAUUCGCAACGAUACUGGAUGCAACUUGCAAAAUUCCAAGACGUCUUAUUGUAAACGUUCUAAAACUGCACUUGGCGAUUUGACAAGGUGGGUCUUUUGAGACCCUAGGCAACGGCUUCAGAGGCUCUGCAACUAACCAGUUCACACCGCUGCAAUUUUCUCUGCAACAUUCUAAAACCGUUUUGUCUCGUUGCGAAUCAUUGAGCUUAACUGGCCUUAACGUUACCGUUAUUUACAUUGCCAUCAAGUUCAUCAAUAUAUAAGCCGGGGUAUAGGUGGAGCUGAGUCGGGUCUGAUUUCUGUGUAAAGAUGUCAAGCCGGAGAAAACUAAAUAAAAGAAUACGGCAGUAUGGAUUAGCGUUAUUAUUUUAUUAUGCUUCCUCAUAUGUUCCUUCAGC